AUCCUAUAAAUAUUAACGAUCAGUUUUAUCUUUCCUCCAUCUCAUUUACCUACAUACCAUCUUUUUUUGCGGUACUUAACCAUAAACGUGGUGUAUUAAACGUGGUUCUCGCUCCCGUAGAGACACCGCUAUGGCUGCUGCUCCAGAUCUCGCCGAUCAAAAACGAAAGGGACUUGGUCGUUCUGUUCCUGCUCACUUUCAGGGACAUCACGGCCCUGAAACAGCCCAUAGAGACGGACGAUUCCAAAGGAGGCCUGUCAAAAUUUGCGAAACUAGCCCGAUCGGUGACGAGAAGUCGUUCAGUGCUGGUCUCGCAAUUUUCGUCCCAUCUGCCCAACCUCAAGGACACGACCAAGCAGUCUCACUUGGCUCAAGUCUGUUAUUCCACCCAGAGCAUUUUAACCAAUCACUAA